UAUAAAUGCAGUCGGGAGGUAACAUGUCAAGUCGUUUGAUGGUAGUCAGAGACUCAAGGUGAAGCUUUUCGGGAAAGCUUGUUCAAUGAACCCUAUCAACAUCCCUGUCUCCGAACUUCUGCAUCAUUAACUCUCGAGCCGUCGCACUCUCCUUGUUGCGAACAUCUGCAAGCAAAUAUGAUGGAAACAAAGACAGAAGGCGACAGCGACAACAAGGUCGGAGGCCAUGUUGCAGCAUCAUCUCAUCCAGAAUCAAUCGAAGCUACGGAAACUGCGGAACUCUCGACCAAGCGCGGCCUCUCUGCCCGACAUGCACAAUUCAUCGCUCUUGGUGGAACCAUCGGCACCGGCCUCUUUGUCGGUUCCGGCAGCACCCUCGCCCGUGGCGGACCGGCCUUCCUCGUUGGCAGUUAUGUCGUUAUGUCAGCCCUGAUCUACAUGGUCUUGACUGCAGUCAUUGAGAUCUCGACGUACCUUCCGCUGCCAGGCGGCACCAUGAACUACUACGGCAGCCGAUAUGUCUCGCGAAGUCUCGGUUUCAUGAUGGGAUGGCUCUACUUCUACUCUUUCGCCAUCUUCGUUCCAUUCGAGCUCACGGCAUCAGCCUUGGUCAUUGAGUACUGGAAUCCGAAUGUCAAUAACGCCGUCUGGAUCACGAUCAUGUUGGUAAUGGUUGUGGGCCUCAACCUUCUACCUGUGAAGUUCUACGGCGAAACGGAGUUUUGGUUCGCUGGACUGAAAGUCCUGACCAUUGUUGGUCUGCUGAUCCUUUCAAUCGUUCUGUUCUUCGGCGGCGGUCCAUCCCACGAGCGACUUUAUUUCCGGUACUGGAAGGACCCCGGCGCUACCAAGGAGCUGAUCGUUCAAGGAGACGCCGGCAGAUUCGUGGCCGCCCUAUCAACUCUCCUCAGCAGUGUGCUUCCAUUCACGUUCUCACCCGAAAUGGUUGUGGUCACUGCCGGAGAAGUUCAGUCUCCUCGCAGAAACCUGCCGAAAAUCGCCCGCAACUUCUUCUGGCGGUUGAUUGUCUUUUACAUUGGCGGUACCAUCGCCAUCUCGGUCAUCUGCCCGUCCAAUGCACCGGCCCUUACCAGCGGAAGCUCUGGAGCCGCGGCUUCUCCCUGGGUUGUGGGAAUCAAGAACGCGGGGAUCAAGGGACUCGAUAGCGUAAUCAACGCCGUCGUAGUUACGGCCGCUUGGUCUGCCGGCAACUCGUUCCUCUAUCUGGCAAGCCGAUCUCUGUACUCGAUGGCCUGUGAAGGAAGCGCCCCGCGGAUCUUCAAGCGGUGCACCAAGCAAGGAGUUCCCAUCUACGCCGUCAUAGCCAGCUCGUUAUUCUCGCUUCUGGCUUACAUGAACGUCAACUCCAACGCAGCAGACGUUUUCAACUGGCUGCUGAAUCUCGUCAACACUGGAGGCUUCAUCUCCUGGGUCUGCUGCGGAAUCAUCUACAUCCGCUUCCGAAAGGCCUGUGACGUUCAGAAUUUGCCGAAAUCAGCUCUUGUCGCACGAUCCUUUUUGCAGCCUGUUGGGUCAUACAUCUCGCUAAUCAUGUUCGGACUUCUGUGUCUUCUUAACGGUUUCACUGUCUUCUUCCCAUCUCGCUGGUCCGUGGCAGACUUUCUCUCUGCGUACAUCGGACUGCCUUUGUUUAUCGUUAUCUACUUUGUCCAUCGAUUUCUACACCGCGCUGAUUCCUGGGCCAUCUCUUCUCAUGAGGUGGACCUCAAGACUGGACUCGCAGAAUUGGAGGCAGAAGAGUCAUUGGAGGAGCCCAAGGAAGGGUUGCGAGCGCGGUUCAAGCGCCACGUAGGUCGAUCUUAG